AUGACUAAAAAUGUGUUGUCUGACACAGCUUAUCGCAAACUCGACGUUGAUGCUUUCGAUUUGGAAAAAUUUGAAGACGAGCAGGGCGUAACUGGCCUUAAACUGGAUGGUGAAGCUGGUGCUAAUAUUUUGGGGCCAGAUGAGGCACAAAUCCGACAGUUGCUACAAUCCAAUAGAAAUUUGGAUGCCUUAAAGAUUGUGCUAUCUUUUAAUCCUUCACAAAUUAAAAAUCAGGUAUUACGAGACAAAGUUGUUCAAUUAGCUACACGAGUUCUAACAAGCUUCAAAAGCGUCGAAAUGGAAUCCACAGUAAAAGCCUUGACAAUUGAUGAAGUUGAUUUAUUGAUGAAAUAUAUUUACAAAGGGAUGGAGCAACAACCGGAUGGACAAACUUGUAGUUCUUUGCUUGCUUGGCAUGCCCAGGUUCUUUUUUUGAAAUAAUUUUAGAUUGUUUUUAAUUUUUCUACAAUUUCCUUUGUUAAAAAAUAAUUUUUUAAU